AUGACAGCUCUUAUGCUCGUGUUUACUACUGCAGUGCUACGCUUGCUCUUUCCGAAUGCCUGUCAUGCUUAUCACGUUGUACGUCGCCAUGGCAUUCCAGCUGAGAACGUCGUGCUCAUGAUGUUUGAUGACGUCGCCUGGCACGAACGCAAUCCGUUUCCAGGCCAGUUAUUUAAUAAACCCACUAUGAAGAACGCAUCAGACGCGAUUUUGCAGCCUGUGGAUGUCUACAAAGGCUGCAAUAUCAAUUUUCGCGGUGUCGAAGUGACCCCUGAGACGUUUUUAAACGUCCUUACAGGCAAUAGCUCUGGUGCGUUCAAUAAGAAGGUGCUCAAUAGUACUGCAGAUGAUCGUGUCUUUGUCAACUUUAUCGACCAUGGCUCUCGUGGAAACGUCUAUUUUCCGCACAUGAAGCCGCUCUCAGCUUCGAGACUCAAGCAAACGAUGCAGAGAAUGUACGAUAGGAAAAUGUACAAAGAGCUCGUGUUUUACAUGGAAGCCUGCGAGUCGGGCUCCAUGUUCUCGAACAGCUUUUUGAAAACCAUUAAUGCAUUCGUGACGACGGCUGCAAACGGUUUUGAGUCCUCGUGGGCGACCUAUUGUCCUCCUAUGGAUGAAGUGAAUGGCAAACGGAUUAACUCGUGUCUCGGUGACUUGUACUCUGUCAACUGGAUGGAAGACAGCGAUCUCACGGAUCUGUCGGAUGAGUCACUCAAGAUGCAGUUCCACCGAGUCAAGAAUGCGACAUCAAAAAGCCACGUAAAGGCGUUCGGGUCAUCAAAGCUUAGGAAUGAGAUCGUUGGCAAUUAUCUGUCCACUUAUGACAAAGACUCGAAUGAUGAGUCUUAUAGUGAUGAUACCGACACACUCUCGACUAGUGGAACUAAUGCUGCACCAUUUGACAGCGCUGUGGAUGCCCGGGAUGUGGAUCUUGUCGUGGAGUUCUACCGCUACCUGCGAGCUUCACCAGGAAAAGAUCGACGUAACUUUGGCAACAAAGUCAUUGCAGCUAUUCAAACUCGGGAAGCAGUUGACGAGGUAUUCGAGACGAUUCACGCUCUAUAUGAGCAGCAAGAUGGAGUACCUUUGCUUCGAGUCACAGAGUUAAAGAACUCUGAGUGCUACGAGGAUAUCACCCGCAGUUUCACCACUUUUUGCUCCUUUACAGGCGGAAUCAAUAGCUACAGCCUGAAAUACGCUGGAACGUUGAUGGACCUUUGUGAGUCAAAGUUGACGCAAAAUGCUGCAGUGUCAAUGGUGCGUAAUGCCUGCUCCGUCGUCGAGGACCGAGCGAAAAAGGGUGUGUUCAGCUCUGAUGUAGCCAUCCUAGAGUGA